GAGAUCGCAUUCCGCAUCGCAUUGCUUCAAAGGCCGCACCAUCGCUCUUGGUUUCCUUUGCUCCAGCCUCUUUCCUUAUCUUAUUGCUCUGUCUACUACCAGGUAGCUAGGCUUAAACCUCAAUCUAUUGUGCCAUUGAUCAACCUAACAGGACGCGAGAUAGGAAGAUGGCGGCAGCAAUGAAAAUGGACGAACUGAUGGUUCAGUGGUUGACCUCAGAUACCAUGUAUGAGAAUGUUUUGAAUUUGAUCGAAGAGAACAAAUUGGCGGCCCAAAAGCAGCAACAACAACAGCAGCAACAGCAGCAGCAACAACAACAGCAGCAGCAGCAGAAGCAACUGAAUCAAGAAGAUGACGAUGGAGCUGUGGAAAAUGACAAGGAUUCCUUGACCAAGGAUGCUUCCGAAGAUGGCAAUAGCAAUUCGUCUCCACGGUGUGUCAUUCCCAAAUUCUAUUUGGGAGAUCCCUCUCGUCCUAGGCGUCGGAGGCGAUUGCUGCCCAUGCCUCAGAGCGAUACCUGGGAACCUCUUCCAGAAGGAGAGAAACAGCCAGACCGGCCCUUUACGGAUUUGGGCAGCAAUAAUAGUAACAACAACAAUGCCGCAUUGGGAUUGUCCGGUGAAGACGCAUCGCCCGAGAUCACAACCGUGCCUUCCUCGACGCCCAUGAUGUGUGUCCGAGAUCAAGUACAGGCCGUCUACAAGGAAAUUGGACAAGGAGGGGAUGAUCUCCACCAAAAGUACAUUCCUGUGGCAGAAUUUGUCCGUGUCGCCAAGGAUAUUCUCCGAUUUCCCACCUUUUUUAAUGUACCACUUUGUCAGCGACUCUUGCUGCUCUGGCGGACUCACAAGAAUAUCAAUUCGCCCACUAUAAUGGAAGAACCCGCACCUGAAGAACCCAUUACUUACGAAAUGGUGGCUUGGUUCUGGAUGAAAGAGAUGGAACCCUUUGAUCCCCAGGAACGCUUCUUUCGGCUCUGCAAACAACCCCAUGCCGAGUACAUUGUUCGGGAUGACUUUUUGCCCUUUAUCAAAGCUCUUUUGAGUGAUCAUCCGGGUUUGGAAUUCUUGAGCAAUCAUGCUGAAUUCCAAGAAAAGUACGCUGUGACUGUCAUUACUCGCAUCUUUUACUGCGUCAACAAGUGCCAUUCGGGACGCAUCACGUGUCGACAAAUCAGACGCAGUGACCUACUCGAUGCCUUCUUGCAGGUAGACGAAGAGGAAGACAUCAACAAGGUUACACGAUACUUCUCCUACGAACACUUUUACGUGCUCUACUGCCGAUUCUGGGAACUAGAUCACGAUAGGGAUUACCGUAUCACACGCGAGGACUUGUUAAAGUAUGGAGAUCAUUCGCUCAGUCACAUGAUUGUGGAUCGGAUCUUUGAUGCUGCUCCUCGACCUUUUGAACAUCCUGCUGCGUUGGACAACGACGAAGAUGGCAAUCAACAGCCGCCGCCCAUCAAUCGCGAAUACCUCUCUUACGAAGACUUUAUCUAUUUCAUGUUAAGCGAAGAAGACAAAGCCAAUGAUGUCAGUGUUCGAUACUGGUUUACCUGUGUCGAUGUGGAUGGUGACGACCGUCUCAACAAUAUGGAGAUGCGCAGCUUUUAUGCCGUGCAGUUACAUCGCAUGCAAUGCAUGGGACACGAAAUCGUACCCUUUGAAGAUAUGCUGUGUCAAAUGAUGGAUAUGAUCAAACCGGCAUCGACCGACUAUCUCAUCGUGGAAGAUUUCUUGCAAACGGAAUGUGCUCCCGUCGCUGGAGCUCUUUUUGAUGCUUUGUUCAACCUCAACAAGUAUCUGCUAUUUGAGCAGAGGGAUCCCUUUGUGGAACGGCAAAAGCGCGAAGACGAAUUCGAAACCGACUGGGAUCGAUUCGCUUGCAUUGAUUACAACCGGUUGGCCAUGGAGGAGGAGGCCCGGGAGGAAGAGGCUAUGGAGAUCGACUGGGUUACUGUGGACGAUGAAGAAGAAGAUGGUCUUGUUGGCAGCAAUGCUGUGGUGGGAGGCAAUCACGGAAUGCAGAUGCAAGUACAACAACCUGAUGAUUACAUGGGCGCUGGUGGUUACGGCGGAGGUGGUGUUUCCAGCAGCGAAGCGCCUUUCUGAAUUGCUUCUUUAUUAUUCCUUUAGACCGGAGAAGAAGUUGCACUCUCCUCGCCUUAUCGGGUCUUACCAACAUUACCAAUAUAACAGUUACUGAUCUUUAGAAUAACCUACGCCGUUGAGCACGCUUGUAUCUGAAGCUAGAAAGCACUUUCUAAACGGAUAUUAACGCGCUGUCCACGGGCUCGGGGAUGGAAUGUUUUCCGCACGUAGGCAUGCUGAGAGCGUUGUCGCUUUCGUCUUUGAGGGCUUGGGCUCUUUGCUGGUCAGCGCCUCUUCACAGUCGUAGUCGCAGCACCGGAAAACCAAUGGGCCCCGUCUAUUACCGGUACCGGUACCAGUAUGCAAGUGACUGAUACAUUUAGUUAUUUGAGUGUUUUCGGUGCAGUGCAUGCGCGGCAGGCACGGCUGCGCUGAGAGCGUUGUCUUUUAGAACACAAAACUGGGACAACUUCUAUUAGGAUACAAGGAUCCAGGCUUGCCCUACAAUAGAUGCAACUAUGAUUAUGAACUACCACAACUAGCUAGUACCACUACAACUACUAUAAAGAAUGAAGCAAUGAUUUUGUUUUGUA